UUACACUUGGCAAAAUGCAAUCAGGCAAGUACCGUUCUCCUGGUAACUGCCAAACCCAGACACAUCCAUUGGAUUGCCAGACAGAGAAGCGUGAUUGGUCACUCCAGAGAACAUGUCUCCACUGCUCUAGAGUCCAGUGGUUUCAUGGCUGAGUUGCUGUUGUUCCCAGUUUCUUCCACUUUGUUAUAAUACCACUAACAGUUGAUUGUGGAAUAUUUAGUAGCAAGGAUACUUCACAGGUGGCAACCUAUCACAGUACCACACUUGAAUUCACUGAGCUCCUGAGAGCGAACUAUUCUUUCACAAAUGAUGGUAGAAGCAGUCUACAAGACUAG